UAUACUAUACUAAUGUAGCGUACUACGCGCGUCCUUGGGGUGUUUAAGCGGAGGAAGAAAAGGAACUCCCUUUCGGACCAUUAAAGUUUUUUCUCCCCCUCCUCUUCUGACCUCAAGAAAAGGUGGCCCCGUAACAACGUGUAUAAUAUAGCCUCGCGCGCGCGACAACGACGAAUAAGUGCGACGUAUAGAUAUAAAUUUUAAUGUGACUGCAGCGUUUUCAGCUUGGUUGGCUCGAUACACGCGCGCGCUUUGUACAUAUUGCUUACUUUUAUUUUUUUCUUGUUCUAGUCAAACUUUAUGAAAUCAAGUACAAGUAAAUCACUAAGUAGUUAGGCAACGUAACAAUUAUUCGCACACCCAUUUAUUAAUUCCAUACCAACAAUUGUAUUAAAUAAAAAUUGGAGUUCAGACAUUCGGGAGUUUCGCCGUGCACCGGAAUAUAUUUGCCACAUAUACGCAUUUAUACACGACCGUGGGUGUAUAUUUAUACGCCUCAUACGUAAAACGUAGGUACGUCGUAUUAAAGUGAAACUCGUCAACGUAGUCAUCGGCAAGACUUUACGGGGGUUCACAUUAAGUAUGAACGUCGCCAUCAGUGCAUCACCCGCAGGUACACUUAAUCAAGGUGGCUUCAACAAACGAAAGGCAUCGGACGAUGAAUAUACAGAACGUGAGCUUCAAACUGACCGCAAGAGAUCAAGGUACUCGUGGUACUUUACUCUGGAGGAGGAGUCUGAGCCAAGCAGUGAGGAUGAUGAGUCCAUCUACACUGCACAGGGAUACGAGACUGAGUUUGCACGAGAUACCUCGGAUACUUCAACACAUACAUGGGUGAGUGAAAGCGACUUUGAGGAACGCGAUAUUCCACUCCUAGAGUAUGAAAUACAUUCGUCCUCUGAUAGUAAUCAUCUAUACAACAGCCUGUCAUCUUCAUCGGAACCAGAGAAUAUUGUGGCUGUGGAAUUCAUAACUUUCUGUGACUCGGAUGGUAUGGCUGAUGACAGUGAUGUUUCAAGAUGUUCUACAGAUGACGAAGCAAGAGUUUCAGCUUUUAAGAUUUGUGUGCAAUGCAAAAAUCCAAAUAAUAAUUCUUUGUAUCAGUAUUGUUGGAAAUGUUUUCAGGAGAGAAAAACGUAUUUUCCACGGCCAAGGAGGAAACCCCGAUCAACAAGUAAAUCAAGUAAAAAAUCGGACAGAAUAACGACGACGACGAAUACGGUAACGGUAAUACCGAGUUCACAGGACUUCUCGGAAGUAGACUCUGGAAUAGUUUCAAGUCAGUGCGAGUUAGAAUCAACGACGACGGCAAUAUCGAAUUCACAGGACCUCUCGGAAAUGGACCUGGGAACUCUUUCGAGCCAGGGCGACAUAGACGCAGCAAUAACGUCAGGUCAAGAGUUGUCACUUCGGAACAGCGGUGAUAUGUCCUCUGCGUCCGAUCAGAAGGCCAGCGAAGUGUUGACCACCUUAGAGUUACCCCAGGAAAAUAGUGCGCUUCUCUCUCAAAACAGUGAACCAUUGAUCUUCCUAUCCAAAAACUGUGAGGAGUCGACAUUGGAAUCGCAGAUAAGCGAACCAACGCUAUGUGUCUCUCAGAACAGCGAGUUUCUGAGCACCACUAAUCUGACCAGAACGACAUCUAGUCAAGAGAUAACUGACGAAGUCGACUCUGGUGUACUAUCAAAGGAUGAACACUCGUCCUCGCAAGAAAGUGCUACCACCGAAAAACAAAAUGAUGAAGAGGAAGGUGCAGAGAUUACGAUAAGAUCUUUGCUAAAGCGACUGCAAAAGCUAGAGAAGAAAGGCUCUGCAACGUCGAUGCUGUGCAUAACCUGCUUCGAAAAUAAAAGGGAUAGCGUCUUUAAUCAUGGCAAGACUGGACAUCAGUGCUGCUGCUACAAGUGUGCAAAAAAGGUCUGCAUGUCAAAUGGCAAUCGUUGUCCUAUUUGCAAACGUAGAGUCAGUACUAUAACGAAAGAGAGAAAAACGUAUUUUCCACGGCCAAGGAGGAAACCCCGAUCAACAAGUAAAUCAAGUAAAAAAUCGGACAGAAUAACGACGACGACGAAUACGGUAACGGUAAUACCGAGUUCACAGGACUUCUCGGAAGUAGACUCUGGAAUAGUUUCAAGUCAGUGCGAGUUAGAAUCAACGACGACGGCAAUAUCGAAUUCACAGGACCUCUCGGAAAUGGACCUGGGAACUCUUUCGAGCCAGGGCGACAUAGACGCAGCAAUAACGUCAGGUCAAGAGUUGUCACUUCGGAACAGCGGUGAUAUGUCCUCUGCGUCCGAUCAGAAGGCCAGCGAAGUGUUGACCACCUUAGAGUUACCCCAGGAAAAUAGUGCGCUUCUCUCUCAAAACAGUGAACCAUUGAUCUUCCUAUCCAAAAACUGUGAGGAGUCGACAUUGGAAUCGCAGAUAAGCGAACCAACGCUAUGUGUCUCUCAGAACAGCGAGUUUCUGAGCACCACUAAUCUGACCAGAACGACAUCUAGUCAAGAGAUAACUGACGAAGUCGACUCUGGUGUACUAUCAAAGGAUGAACACUCGUCCUCGCAAGAAAGUGCUACCACCGAAAAACAAAAUGAUGAAGAGGAAGGUGCAGAGAUUACGAUAAGAUCUUUGCUAAAGCGACUGCAAAAGCUAGAGAAGAAAGGCUCUGCAACGUCGAUGCUGUGCAUAACCUGCUUCGAAAAUAAAAGGGAUAGCGUCUUUAAUCAUGGCAAGACUGGACAUCAGUGCUGCUGCUACAAGUGUGCAAAAAAGGUCUGCAUGUCAAAUGGCAAUCGUUGUCCUAUUUGCAAACGUAGAGUCAGUACUAUAACGAAAAUUUUUUUAGAUUAACCCUAAAUCUCUUGUCUGGGUAGAUUUCAAUUUGCAACUUAUAGACGUUUAUUAAAAUUUUCAAAUUAUUUCCCAUGAGUCGUUGAAACCGAAAAUACAAAUGUUAGCAAAUGAUAAAAAAAAAAAAAAUACUAAGAAUGAGUGUACAUACAAGGUACCUACAGCGAAUUGUACAGAAGCAAAUCAACAGAUUUCCAAAAAACUACUUCACGCUCUUUUAACUUGAAUUAUAUAUAAAAAAAAAAAUACAUGAUCUUGGAAAAAUUUUAUCAAUAAUGCACUUAAAUUUUUGAUGAAUUUUACUAUUUUCAUCAAUCAUUUAAGAGAGUAAUAGAACGAAAGUUGUGUACUGCUUAGUAAAGAAUACAAUCUUGUAAAUAAACGAUUGAAAUUCUUUCAAGAACAUAAUGUUGCAUGCACUUUAAAUAUAUUUAUUGCCAAUUUUUUAAAACGUCCAGUCUGGUUUCACAAUUUUUUACACUAAAAGGGAACAAAAAAAAUUUCCUGUCACCAGACAGCUGUUAAAUUACAAUUGUUGAACUAAUUUAAUUAAAAAUUUGCAACAAAUUCAGGAAAUUAGAUUGCAUGAAUUAAGGUGUGAUCUAGUUAACAUUCAAUUUUAUCUUUAAAGUGUCUUUUGAUAAAAUUAAAAUGUUAUUCAUUCUUGUAAAAUUGAAAUGUGAUUCAAGUUUGAUGAUUCAAGUUUCAAGAACAUAUAUUGAUUUCCUAAUUUGUGUUACAUUUUUCAAAGAAAUUAGGGAUUUAUAAUCAUGUUAAAUACAAGGUCAAUUACAACUUGUAUAAAAUAUUGUGUUGCUCAUUCCAAUUUUGUAUGUUUUGCUAAACGUUAAGCAAGGUUUUGUACAAAUUUUUACCAAUUUUUAUCAAUGAAUUUUUUUUCCAUUUAUCUAUUUAAUUAAAAAGAUUUUUUUUUUUAAUACGAAAUUAGUAAUACUCUGUCUAGUGGACUUGCAUUUCAGCAAAAAAAUUUCUGGUAAUCUUUUACAAAUAAAAAGAAUUUUCUAAAAAUCGUUUUUCGAUUUUUAUAUGUUUAUUAGUCCCACGUGAACUUAUUCUGAAAUAAAAUCAAGUUCUAAUGAUUAUUGGUAUGCAUUUGUUUCAAAAUCUUGAUUAACAAUAUUAGUAGAUACACAAAAUGUACCAGACUUAAGUCUGUCGUUCAAAACAAUUUCGAUUCUGUAAAACGUGUAAAUUAUUUUUUAAUACAAUGCAAAGAAGAGGAAUCAAUGUAUAACUUAUUGCAAAAGCUUUCCUUGAAGUUUUUUUUUUUUUUUAAUUUUCACAAAAAUAAGAUUUCAACACACUUUAACAAUGAGGUAUCAAAAAUUAUACAUUAAUUUUUAGCAAAAGAUAAUUUACGCGCACAAAUGUGAAUCAUGUGAGAGUAUGGGCGAAAAAUCGGUAUAAAGAUAUUUUGCGUUGUCAUUUAAACCAAUAGUAAAGGUAAACGAGAGAUAACAAUUACAUGGUUUUUCUUAAUUAUUAUUCUAUAAUUUACACUGACUUAAAAUGAGUUUCACUAGUAUGUUUACAUGGUGUUUUCAUUGCAGUUACAUUGUGACGAUGCAGUGACGUUGAGUUUUUAUUGUACUAAGUUUUAUGUUGACAAAUUUGCUAACGUUAACAAAACCAAUUUGCUCUAUAUCCAUGCAAGCACUUGAUUAUAAUUAAAAAUAUUGUUGUUCAAUUCCAACUACCGAUUUUUCAUAAAAACUCUAAAUAUUGCAUUCAUAAUAAAAAUGAGUUCAUGAUAACUCAAGAGGAUUGUAAGUUUGUAAAAUUAAUUAGCUAA